CGUGUACGCUUCUCAAAAGAGAGAGAGAGAGAGAGAGAGAAAAAGAUAGCUGAAUCAGCUGUGUGAGCUGAUCCGGUUUUAAAACAAAUUAAAUUACGUCCAACAUUUUCAUCGUUGAGUCGUUGAUACACACACUUAAACAAUGUGUGCGACGUGAACUGUUAACUAUAGUCUUUUAACACCUUCAUGACGGAGCACGCGAGAUAAGAUCGAUAGAGAGAGAUGCGCGAGAUAACAAUAUUAUGUGAAAAUAAAAACGAGUACUCGUAACAAGAGCUCCAGUCACGUGCCGAAGCGAUAACGAAGCAAAAAGAUUGAUGAAAGUGAUAUUAAAGCGCACCAUGGUCGAAAUAGCAGCAAAUUUGAAAACUAUCCGCGACAAGAUAUCGCAAGCUGCUGCGAGGAGAGCACUGGAUCAUCGUUACUACGAGCCGCAACUGGUGGCUGUCGGCAAGUUGCAUUCGUCGGAAUCGAUAGUGGCCGCAUACGAGGCCGGUCAGAGACAUUUCGGUGAAAACUACGUGAACGAAUUGCUGGAGAAGGCUACGAAUCCGCUGAUUCUCGAAAAGUGCGAAGAUAUCAAAUGGCACUUUAUAGGCAAUUUGCAGAGGAACAAGGUUAACAAGAUCCUGACCGCGCCGAAUUUGCACGUUAUCGAGACCGUUGACAAUGAGAAGCUCGCGAACGCACUCAAUAAUUCGUGGCCGAAACUUCGAAGGAACGAGGACAGCCAGUUGAACGUUAUGGUGCAAGUUAACACGAGUCAGGAGAAAGAAAAACAUGGUUGUGAUGCCGCACAAGCGCCAGCUCUUGCAAAAUACAUCAUAGACAGCUGUCCUAACUUGAAGUUCAUCGGUCUCAUGACAAUAGGAAUGUACGGAUAUGAUUGCGCGAACGGUCCGAAUCCUGAUUUUAUUUCUUUGAUAAAGUGCAGAGAAAUGGUAUGCGAGGAAUUGGGACUUGACGUGAAAAAUGUCGACUUGUCAAUGGGAAUGUCUACUGACUACGAACAGGCGAUUGAACUCGGAAGUACAAGCGUGAGGGUAGGAACUGCGAUUUUUGGCAACAGACCACCAAAGAAUACGUGAAAAAAAAAAUGGAUAUAACUGAUCUAAAUAAUUCUAUCUUUUAAGACAUAUAUGACUGAGUCUCAAUGUCUUUUGCGAGUCUCAGAGACAAAAUCAAAGUUUUAUGGAAUAACGACUUAAAUAACAAUUUAAUACGUUAAUAGUUGUAUAUAUAUACAUUGCGAAUGAAUCAAUUUGAUUUCACAUUUUUGACUUCAUUCAUAGAGGGGUUAAAUAGGGUAAUUCAUACAUAUAUAUAUGUGAUGCAGAAUUUUGCUACGAGCAUGAAUUUUCGAAUUGAAUUCAAUUCGAAUUUAUUAUGUGUAAUAAUUUUAAACAUUAAAAAAGUAUAUUUCGCGCACGUACAUUCGGCACACGGUUCACGUUGACCGACAAACUCUUUACCACGGUUUGAUAUUAUAGUUUGAUAUUAUAUAAAUUUAAAAUUUGUAAAAAUUUGUUUGACUUUACUUGCUUGUCACGGAAAACGCGAUAGAAACGAGUUACGUAAGAAUUGGGGAAACUUAUCUUAGCGCGUGUGUAACGAACUGCACACAACACAAAUGAUAUCACAGUUGAUAUUACGUACAUAUAAAAUACGUAUUAAAUAAUAAUAUGUAUAUACAAUAUGUAUAGACAAUAAAUAAAUAUGUGUAUAGACAAUUAAACAAUUUAAGCUCGCGAGAGUUAUACUGUGUAAAAAGAUGUGUCAAUAAAGAUUGUCACAAG